UUUUGAAAAUGUGCUUUGUUAACCGAAACAGCGGAUAAGGGAUCGGUUUUGAAACUUUGUUUUGUAAACAAAAACAGCGGAUGAGGAAUCGGUUUUGAAAUGUGAAAAAUAUAGUUGGAGAUACGGCUAGUUAUAAUCAGAUAAGACUUCAAUUUUCAGAAAAAUGUUAAGACGUCAAAUAAGAGAAAGAAAAGAGUACUUAUACCGCAAGGCGCAAGAGGAAAAACAAAGAGCCACUGAAGAUAGAAAAAAGAAAGUCAGAACUGCCCUUGAAACCAAUGCCCCGUUACCCACUGAUGUGAAAAAGGAUGCAUUAGACAUCCAGAAAUUGCUGGAUGCAGAUACGCCUGGAAUUGAUCCCCUCGAAAGUCACGAAGAUGACGAAUACAAAUGGUCGGGAGUUGAAGACCCGAACAUUUUUGUAACAACAGGCCACGAGCCGAGUUCGAAAUUAAAAGAGUUCGUCAAAGAGCUUAGACUCGUGUUUCCGAACUCGCAACGUGUGAAUAGAGGAAAAACUGGAAUCAAACAGCUGGUUGAAUUAUGUAGGAAUAAUAAGACUGAUUUAAUAGUUGUUCACGAGCAUAGGGGAGUUCCGAACGGAAUCGACAUUUGUCAUUUACCUUAUGGGCCUACAGCAUUUUUCUCCCUGUCUAAUGUUGUGAUGCGUCACGACAUACCAGAUGUCGGACCCAUGUCGGAAAUAUUUCCACACCUCGUGUUUCAUAAUUUCACGUCAAAAUUAGGAAGCCGAGUUAGAAAUAUUUUAAAGUUUUUGUACCCUGUUCCAAAAGAAUCGUCUCAAAGAGUGACGACUUUUUUCAACGACAAUGAUUUCAUCUCGUUUCGACAGCACACGUGGGAUAAGGGAGAGAGUAAGGGAGACGACCCGGUGUUGACAGAAAUUGGACCUCGUUUCGAAAUGCAGGUUUACAAAAUCAUUUUAGGAACAAUUGACCAAGAAAACAUUGCGGAAACUGAAUGGAGGCUGCAUAACUUCUUGCGGACUGCAAACAAGCGAAAACUUUUGACAAAUCCUGACGAUGAUGAAAAUGAUAAAACAGGAAACUAAAAUUCUAAAUUUGGUUGUUUUGUUUUUCGUUUUGAAGUUGAUUUUGGAAACUUAAAAAAUCAAGUGUUCUCUUGUUAA